AUGGGGUUCAAGGGGAGAAAGUCUUCUAGUAAGAAUCCUCCAAUAUUCAGCCAUGAAUUCGUUAUACAAAACCAUGCCGACAUCGUUUCUUGUGUAGCCCUAGUAUUUGUUAUUGGUCUACUGAUACAGGCAACAUCUCCUUUUGCCUAUAUGUUUAUUGCUCUGCAUCACAAUGUAAGCACCGAAAAUGUUGGACCAGAAUUACCUUUCCGUUAUACAUAUGGUUUGAAAGAUAUUUGUGUUGUUUUCUUCUAUUUUCUCAUCUGCAUUGUAAUGCAUGCCAUCAUACAGGAAUAUAUACUUGAUAAAGUAACCCGGAAACUUCACCUUUCAAAAGUGAAACUCAGCAAAUUUAAUGAAUCUGGGCAACUUCUGGUAUUCUAUAUAAUGACAGUUUUAUGGGGAGGAGAUGUUAUUAUCAAAGAAAACCUGAUUUUCAACAUCUCUUCGCUAUGGGAAGGAUAUCCUCAUUCUGAAAUGGUGUUCAUGUUCAAAUUUUUCUUCAUAAUUCAAUUAUCUUAUUGGCUGCAUACAUUCCCAGAAUUGUAUUUCCAAAAAAUUAAGAAAGAGGAAAUGCCAGAAAGGAUAGCUUAUGCUUCUGUUGCCAUUGUUUUUAUAGCAGCUGCCUACUUGUUGAAUUUUAACCGUGUUGGAAUUUGCCUUCUUGUUUUACACUACCUGUCUGAAUCCUUUUAUCACAUUGCAAGGCUCAUUGACUUUGUUGAUAAAGAAGAACGAGGAAGCAAAGCUGGCUACAUGGUUUGGCAUGUCUUCUUUGUUCUUGCCCGUCUUGGAUCUGUGAUGCUGUCUGUAUUAACAUUUUGGUAUGGGCUUUCAUUAGCACCCUCUAACACUGGAGCUCCUGGCGAUUUUAACAGUCCCACUGUAAGAGUUGGUGCUCUGACUGCUGUCGUACUUCUCCAAGUAUACCUGAUGUUUAACUUUAUUACGGACCAACUUAGGCAGUUAAGGGAAACUGCCCCAGCUUCAGUCCGUAAGCUCACUGUUAAGCCCAAACAACUAGUUGGAAAAAAGAAGGGAGACGGAAAGAAACAAGAAUACGAUGAAUUGACGGAGGUCGAUCAGAAUACAAAAAAGAACUUGAAGCAGAGAACUCAGAAAGUAAAAUAA